UGGGGUGGGGAAGAGGGGUAAGCCAGGCAUGGGGCAGUGAGUGGAGGUGUUGAAUCAAGAGCUUGGAUUUGGGGUCAGGCAGUACUCAGUUCUGCCAUCUCCUAGCUGUGUGACUUUGGGGAAGACAUUCCACCACUCAGAGUCAUGAUUUCCUUAAACAUAAAGCAUGGAUUCUCACAGAAUCUAUCUACCUCAUGGCAUAGCACUGGGCAUGCAUGCAGGAGUUUAUAAAUUAUCUCCAAGUAAGUACAGCACUGUCCCCAUGAGGAGACUGGUCCCUCAGGUUCCUUCUGAACCUCUUGGCUAUGAGGGAGAGUCAGGGAUUUGGCAUGGGCAGCUCUCAGCUGACAGCCAUACCCAUGCCACAGAUUGACCAACUUCACAAGGGAGUGUAAUGGUGAAAGAGGCUGGGCCGGAGGCUGAGUGCCCCAUGGGAUGUGGGCUCUGAAUCCCAAAGCACACACUGCUUGCCUGAGGGCGCGGAAGGCUGAGAGCCUGCCCCACUCCUUCCUGGGGCCCAGGGACUCUUGCAUCACCGGUGGUCUCAUUUGCAGCCCAGAGCCCAACCUCAGGUAGCAUGUGCUCCCCCACCCCAGGCCCAGAUAAGCCCCUGGCCUCUUCCCAGGCAGAACGACCUGCGGUGAGUCAUGAGGGGGAAUAUGAGGACCAACAUUUGCUACAACGUUAAAUGCUUGUAGAUGGCAUCUAAUGCUAGUAUAUGUGGGGGGAAAAGUUUUGGAAACCGUAACCAUAAUCCAAGUUACUACCUCUGCAGUCUUCCUUUAAAAGUCCAUAUGUAUUAAUAUACAAAUAGACUAGGGGAUCAGGAACGGGGUCGGGGGAGAAGAGUAAUCCAUCAGCUGAGUUGUGUUUUUUAAGCUAAUGGCCCUGGGUCCCACACAUUCCAGUGAAAAAAUGGGAAGAAUGCAUUCAUUUAACGAAAAGUCACGUGUCUGGCUCUUGAAGCUCCUGGUGGGUGAUGAACACCAGGAAGUCUGAGCGGCUUGGCAGGGAGGAGCGACGAUUCUGCAGAGCGUGACCUGACCACGAGACGUUCAGGGGAGAUGCCCAAAAGAAGUUGGGUUGACCCAGCUGGAGAGAGAGACUUGGAACGUCCUGAAGCCGCUGCACGUGGGUGAGGCCGCUCGGGAGAGUGGCCCUUCCCCGGGCUUCUGGUGAGGUCCGUCAGCGGCGCACUCACCACGUACUUCCACUUUAAAUGCCCGUCCCCUGCUCCUGGAAACCCUGGUGGCUUAGUGGUUAAGUGCUACAGCUGCUAACCAAAAGAUCCGCAGUUCAAAUCCAGCAGACGCUCCUUGGAAGCUCUAUGGGACAGUUGUACUCUGACCUAUAGGGUCGCUAUGAGUCCGAAUCGACUUGACGGCAACGUAACCCUGAUCCUGCCUCUGGUAGGGAAUUAACGUGCACGUGAGAAAUGCAGCGACCUUUGUUCAUCAAGAAGCUAGAAACUGGUUCAUCCAAAUAAAAGACUUUUGAGCAGACGCUUUAAAAAGUAGAUCUCUAUGUCCUGACGUAGUAAAUAAUCUCCGUGGCAUAUUAAGUGAAAAAGAAAGGAGUAAAAUAUGUACAUGAUUCCGUUUGUGUUUUUAGAAAGAUGCAUAUGUCUAACAUCCACCGAAAUAUCUGGAACACCAAAGCAGUGAACAACGAUAACCUUAGGGGAGAAACGACAUUACCUUCGGUUUUACACCCCCGACUCCUGUUUGCAUCAUGAGCCUAGUGCGCAAGCGCGCUGCGGCCAUUCGGCUCAGCAGACGCGGCGAAUCGAGCGUCGAGCAGGACGGUGAGCGGCCCGAGUGCCGAGCGGCUCAGGAGGGCGCGCGCUGCGACAGCACCCAACGGUCAGACCCCCAGGCCGUUCGGAGGCGCGGCGAGGCGCGGGGAGCAGCUCUGCGGGGACUCGGAGAAAAACAAGGCAUCCUCCUGAGCCUGCUUUUCUACAAGAUGUUGGGAUUUUUGAGGCAUCCGCUAGUGGUGACAGCGGACAUCAACCUGAAUGUCGUGGCUCUGACUGGGGUGGGGUUACUGAGUAGACUGUGGCGACUCACCUAUCCUCGGGCUGUGGUUUUUGAUGAAGUGUAUUAUGGGCAGUACAUCUCUUUUUACAUGAAACGGAUCUUCUUCUUGGACGACAGUGGACCACCGUUUGGCCACAUGCUGCUGGCCUUGGGAGGUUAUUUAGGAGGAUUUGAUGGUAACUUUUUGUGGAACAGAAUUGGAGCAGAAUACAGCAGCAAUGUGCCUGUCUGGUCCUUGCGCUUGCUGCCAGCUCUCGCAGGGGCUUUCUUGGUCCCCAUGGCCUAUCAGAUAGUGUUAGAGCUCAACUUUUCUCACUGCGCUGCCAUGGGAGCUGCUCUGUUGGUGCUUAUAGAGAAUGCUCUCAUCACUCAGUCAAGGCUAAUACUUUUGGAAUCAGUACUCAUAUUUUUUAACCUCUUGUCUGUGUUGUCCUACCUGAAGUUCUCCAACCUCCAGAAACACAGCCCGUUCUCUCCAAGCUGGUGGUUUUGGCUAAUGCUGACGGGAGUUGCUUGUUCCUGCGCUGUUGGCAUAAAAUACAUGGGUGUUUUCACAUACUUGCUCGUGCUCAGCAUUGCUGCCGUCCACGCCUGGCACCUGAUUGGAGACCAGACCUUAUCAAACGUCUGUGUGUUCUGUCACCUGCUGGCCAGAACAGUGGCUUUAUUGAUCAUCCCAAUCCUCACGUACUUACUUUUCUUCUACGUCCAUUUGAUUCUACUCUACCGCUCUGGGCCGCACGACCAAAUCAUGUCGAGCGCAUUCCAGGCCAGCUUGGAGGGAGGACUGGCUCGUAUCACACGAGGCCAGCCCCUGGAGGUGGCCUACGGCUCCCAGGUCACUCUGAGAAGUGUCUUUGGCAAGCCCAUGCCCUGCUGGCUUCAUUCCCACCAGAACACCUACCCCAUGAUAUAUGAGAAUGGCCGGGGCAGCUCCCACCAGCAGCAGGUAACCUGUUACCCCUUCAAAGAUGUCAACAACUGGUGGAUUGUAAAGGAUCCUGGGAGGCACCAGCUGGUGGUGGGCAACCCGCCGAGGCCUAUCCGGCACGGAGACAUCGUGCAGCUGGUCCACGGCAUGACCACCCGCCUCCUCAACACGCACGAUGUCGCAGCCCCUCUGAGCCCCCACUCCCAGGAGGUUUCCUGUUACAUUGACUAUAACAUCUCCAUGCCCGCCCAGAACCUCUGGAGACUGGAGAUUGUCAACAGAGAAUCAGAUACAGAUGUCUGGAAGACCAUAAUGUCCGAGGUUCGGUUUGUACAUGUGAACACUUCUGCCAUCUUAAAGCUGAGCGGGGCACAUCUCCCUGACUGGGGGUUCCGGCAGCUGGAAGUGGUUGGGGAGAAGCUGUCCAGGGGCUUCCACGAGAGCAUGGUGUGGAACGUGGAGGAGCACCGGUACGGGAAAAGCCAGGAACAGAAGGAGAGGGAACUGGAGCUGCACUCACCUACUCAGGUUGACAUCAGCAGAAACCUCAGCUUCAUGGCCAGGUUCUCGGAACUGCAGUGGCGGAUGCUGACGUUGAGGACUGAUGACUCAGAGCACAAGUAUAGCUCCACCCCGCUGGAGUGGGUCACGCUGGACACCAACAUCGCCUAUUGGCUGCACCCCAGGACCAGUGCACAGAUCCAUCUGCUGGGGAACAUCACGAUCUGGGCUUCGGCCAGCCUCGCCAUGGUGACCUACGCCCUGCUCUUCUUCUGGUACCUGCUCCGACGGCGAAGAAGCAUCCGCGACCUCCCUGAGGAUUGCUGGCUGCGUUGGGUGCUGGCUGGCGCUCUGUGCUGUGGGGGCUGGGCGGUGAAUUAUCUCCCUUUCUUCAUGAUGGAGAAGACACUCUUCCUUUACCACUACCUGCCGGCACUCACCUUCCAGAUCAUCCUGCUCCCCGUGGUCUUGCAGCACGUGAACGACCACCUGUGCAGGUCCCAGCUACAGAGGAGCGUCUUCAGUGCCCUGGUGGUGGCCUGGUACUCCUCCGCAUGUCACGUGUUUAACACCCUGCGCCCACUGACAUAUGGGGAUACACCUCUCUCCCCAAGUGAACUCAGGGCCCUUCGCUGGAGAGACAGCUGGGACAUCUUGAUCCGAAAGUACUAACAGAACAAGAACACGGAGGGCAUCUGUGCCAGGGUCAGGACAAGGCAGAACCAGUCUUUUAUAAAGACUUGUGAUUUUAACACGUAGAAUGUCUCUAAACUUGGAGACUGGCCAGGGCUUCGUAAAGAUUCUACUGGAAUUUAUUAUGGUUUCGUUCUUGAAACCCUCUGUUUGGAGUUUAUUUAUUCCAGACAACAAAGAACAGGCCCUACGUGCCCAGUGACUCCUCAGAGACCCGCUGAACUAAGACACACUGAGUACUUCCUACUCCGUGGCUAACACAGGAAUCGCUGGUGAAGCAAGAACUCUAUAGGUCAGUGCUGGAGCAAGUCAGUCUAACCAGGUUUCCCAGCAGUUGCUAGUUUUGGUUUUUCCUUUGCUGAGAAUCUCCUUUGUGAAAACUGUUGAACCUGCUGAAGAGAACAGUGUCUUAGCAGUUGCUUUUAGUGAAGCCUUGCAAGAAUUACCUAGAACAAGCUGGCAUCACAUAAACUGAAUGAUAAUAAGCUUUUUAGGAAGCUUAAAUGGAAUUCUCUGAUCACUGUAUUUAAAAACUGUUACUCCUCACAAUUGCUGUGCUUUUAAAAACCCUGAGAUUUUGUUGCAAUCCAUCACAAGUGAGCAGCAUCUCCAGUUUCACCUAUCAGCAGUCAAGGUUGCUGUCAUCCACACAUUUUCUUGUCCUGUUUUUUUUUUUUUUUUUUA